UUUCUUAGCUUAGCCUUAGAUUUUAUUACUCUCUCUGCAAGGUUAGGAUCCAGCAUCCUAACACACCCCAUUCCCUUCGUCGAAGUGAUUCCCCAUGCUAGCUCCUUCUGGUUCACCACCUCCAUCCGCUUCGCAUCAAAAUCAGAUUGCGAGAAUUAUCUAGUGAACGACUAUAACAAAACGGGGGGUUAUCUAGUGAAGAAAGAAAACAUUUGUUUGGAGAACUGAAUAAAUGAUAGUGUUGCUAUGUAUGGUACCCGUUGCUGGCCCUGACUAAAGUGUAAGUAAUGAUAAAGAAAAGAAACCAUGUUUUGUGAGCCACUUAAAGGUAAGAAUAAUAGGAACGCUGCCCUCUCAACUCAUAAAACAGAGGCAUCAUAGAGUCCAUAAUUUCUUAAAGCAUUGCAGUUAAGUUAGUUGAUAAUUGGUUGCCACCCCAAAUAGGCAAACAGACCCAUCAACCAUGGCCGCAAUGCUUCAGCUGAGUCCUCUGGUCUCAGCCACCCCAAGUUUCAUAGCUCCCACUAACCAAAACGAACCCAAAGCCAUAGCCAAGGACACUUCCCCAACUGGGUCACUAAGAAACUGUAAAACCAUAAACCAAGUGAAGCAACUUCACUGUCACAUCACUAAGACAGGCCUCAGUCACACACCCUCUAAUGUCACCAAGCUAAUUAGCGCAUGCGCCGAAAUGGGCACCUUCGAAAGCUUAGAUUAUGCCCGGAAAGCCUUUAACUUGUUUCUUGAAGAAGAAGAAGAAGAAACAAAGGGUGUAUUGUUCAUGUAUAAUUCUCUCAUAAGGGGUUACUCUAGUGCUGGGCUUUGUGAGGAGGCUAUUGGGCUCUAUGUUCAGAUGGUGCUUCAGGGUGUUUUGCCGGAUAAGUUCACAUUUCCGUUUGCACUGAGCGCGUGCUCAAAGAUUGUGGCUUUCUGUGAAGGGGUUCAGCUGCACGGGUCGCUUGUGAAGAUGGGUUUGGAGGAAGAUGUGUUUAUUGGGAAUUCUUUGAUUCAUUUCUAUGCAGAAUGUGGGCACUUGGAUUAUGCCCAGAAGGUGUUUGAUGAAAUGCUUGAGAGAAACAUCGUGUCGUGGACUAGUUUGAUUUGUGGUUAUGGUAGGAGGAAUAUGCCAAAGCAGGCUGUUUCUUUGUUUUUCGAGAUGGUGGCUGCCGGUGUUAAGCCCAAUUCGGUGACUAUGGUGUGUGCCAUUUCUGCUUGUGCAAAGUUGAAGGAUGUUGCGUUGAGUGAGAGAGUGUGCGCUUACAUUGGGGAGUCUGGACUCAAGACUAAUAUGCUUAUGGUGAAUUCACUUGUUGAUAUGUACAUGAAAUGUGGAGCUACUGAUGCCGCAAAGCGGCUUUUUGAUGAAUGUGUGGAUAAAAACUUGGUUCUUUACAACACGAUUUUGUCAAAUUAUGUGCGCCAGGGACUGGCUAGUGAAGCAGUUUCUGUUGCGGGUGAAAUGCUACAACAGGGCCUAAGACCCGACAAGGUUACCAUGUUAGCUGCAAUUUCAGCUUGCGCACAAUUAAGUGAUUCUCUCUCAGGUAAGUGUUGCCAUGGUUAUGUUCUAAGGAAUGGACUAGAAGGUUGGGAUACCAUUUGUAAUGCCAUGAUUGACAUGUACAUGAAGUGCGGCCAACAAGAGCUGGCCUGCAUAAUUUUUGACAAUAUGUCGAAUAAGACUGUAGUAUCAUGGAACUCCUUGAUUUCUGGUUUCAUAAGAAGUGGCGAUGUGAAGUCAGCUUGGGAAAUUUUCAAUGAGAUGCCUAAGAGUGAUCUCGUCUCUUGGAACACUAUGAUUGGUGCUCUGGUCCAAGAGAGCAAGUUUGAGGAAGCAAUUGAACUUUUCCGGGUGAUGCAGACCGAGGGAGUAAAAGGAGAUAGGGUGACCAUGGUGGAGGUUGCAUCUGCCUGCGGAUAUUUAGGAGCUCUUGAUCUUGCAAAGUGGACUCAUGCUUAUAUUGAAAAAAACGAAAUCAAAUGUGAUAUGCGGCUUGGGACAGCCUUAGUUGACAUGUUUGCUAAAUGUGGUGAUCCUCAAAGUGCAAUGAAAGUGUUCAAUACAAUGGCAAGGAGAGAUGUUUCUGCUUGGACUGCAGCCAUCAGAGCAAUGGCCAUGGAGGGAAAUGGGAAACGUGCUCUAGAACUUUUUGAUGACAUGCUUAAGCAAGGGGUGAAACCAGAUGAAGUAGUCUUUGUGGCAGUACUAACAGCAUGCAGCCAUGUUGGUCUUUUGGAACAAGGGCGGAACAUUUUUAUGUCAAUGCAGUUGGUCCAUGGCAUUUCCCCUCAUAUCGUUCAUUACGGUUGCAUGGUCGAUCUACUAGGCCGAGCCGGGCUCUUGGAAGAAGCUGUCGAUCUGAUAAAGUGCAUGCCAAUGGAACCCAAUGAUGUCAUUUGGGGCACUCUCUUGGCUGCUUGUCGAACCCACAAAAACGUCGAAAUGGCAACAUAUGCAGCUGAACAGAUAUCAAAGUUGACCACUCAGAGGACUGGUAUUCAUGUGCUUCUCUCAAACAUAUAUGCAUCAGCUGGGAAAUGGGCAGACGUUGCAAAAGUGAGGCUACAGUUGAAAGAGAGAGGGAUUCAGAAGGUACCCGGAUCCAGUUCCAUUGAAGUUAAUGGAGUGAUUCAUGAGUUUACCUCCGGUGGUGAUACUGAUACACACACAGAGAGGAGCCACAUUGCGUUGAUGUUGCAAGAAAUAAACAGCAGACUCAGAGAUGCUGGUCACAUUCCUGAUCUCAACAAUGUCCUGCUUGAUGUUGAUGAGAAGGAGAAAGAGUACUUGCUCAGUCGACAUAGUGAGAAAGUGGCCAUAGCUUUUGGGCUUAUAGGUACGGGGCAAGGAGUGCCAAUUCGUGUGGUGAAGAAUCUGAGAAUGUGUUCUGAUUGUCACUCUUUUGCCAAAUUAGUAUCAAGAAUAUAUGACAGGGAAAUUAUUGUUCGAGAUAACAACAGGUUCCAUUUCUUUAGUCAGGGCCUGUGCUCUUGCAGUGAUUACUGGUAAUAGAAUUAUGAUUUGAAGAGAACUCUCCCCCAAUUAGUGUUCACUCCCAUUGUCUAUUGCUUUUGAUCUGCACUGCCGUGAUCAUAUUGUGUUAAUUACACAAUCCAAUUAUGCCUCCAUUAUGAUUGAGCCAUACUGCAGGGGCAAUAUGCACAACCCAUCAUCUUCCAUUGCCAUUGUCCAAACUCAUCGACUACUCGGCUGAGAAAACAAGCGUUGUAUAUCAGACCAAUCAAGCCCUUGAGCCUGAAGCUGCAAUCACAGGGGUUCACCUAGUAUGCCAACAGAAUGGAUAUGACCAACCGUACCCUUCCACUUCAGAGUUCCGACAAGAAUGCCAUUCAUUCAUAUGUAUUCUUUCAGAGACAGAGAGAUUCUGCAGCCAUAUUGUUUUGUGACUGCCUUAUAGUGCAGCUUGCAUUGGGGGAGGUUUUUGGGGCUGGUUUUGUUUUGGAUUGCUCAUUUUGGUCCAAAAAGCUUUCUGAUCAGCAAACUACUCAGAUAGAGCUGGCAACAUCAGCUCAUUCAGUGGAUUUACUCUGAAAAUGGGCGUGAACGUCCUCAGCUGGAUUAUGGUUUUGAUUCUUUCUGGGUUUUAUUUUUUGUUUUUGUUCACUGAUGUCGUCAAUUAGGAAGACAUUUGAGACCUGGAUUUAUAUAUGCUCAAGUUGUACCUUCAAAACUUUCAUUUACAAUCUUCAGUUCUCUGGAACAUAAGUUUAGUUGAUUUGUUAUCUAGUUAAUAAAUUUGAUUAUGAUUCAUUUAAUUUUUUAGGAAAAACACAUUCCUUCUGCACCUUGGAAGUUAGUUCUUUAAACUGAUAACUAUCAGACAAAGUAUAUAUAAGAAGUGAAUUCAAUUGAAGCAUGUGAUAGUUCUUCAUUUAAAAGCAUACUUUGUCUGAUAGUUUCAGUUUAAGAAGUGAAAGCAACUUAUAUGCAAAGCAUACUUUCAUAUACACUGAUACUUUGCAUACUGAUAGUUGCUUAUAUGCACCCUGGAAGUUAGCUCCUUUCAGUUUAAAUUAUAAGUUAGGAGUUACUUUGCAAACCGAUACUUAUAAGUCACUCUAUUUUUUCAGUAAAUACACAUUCCUUCUGCACCCUGGAAGUUAGAUCCUUUCAGUUCAAUUUAUAUGCAAAGCAUACUUUCAGUUUAAGAAGUGAAUUCAAUUAAAGGGCAACGGUAUCGUCCGAGCUCAGGUUCCGCUCGGAUGUGGCUUGGCUUUUGCGCAGAAGUACUCUAAGGACAAAACGGUGACGUUUGCGCUUUAUGGAGAUGGUGAUGCAAAUCAGGGACAGCUGUUUGAGGCGCUUAAUAUCUCUGCAGCUUUGGGAUUUGCCUGCGAUUUGGGUCUGUGAGAAUAAACACUGUUUGGAGCUGAUUUUCAAGUUUGCAGCUUUAUAAUCCCAAAAGCCAGAAGAGUUUUAGGGCUUGUCACAGUCUAAAAGCCAUGGGAGAACGUGUUUCAGUGUGUCUCUAACAAUAUGAGUAUAUUCUAAUUCCAAUUCCCUCAAAAAUGUUUGGUCUUUUCUUUCAUGAAGGGUAAGCAUUUGAGAGGACGAUUUGAAUAAGGAGAAGGAGAUGAAGAACUCGGUGUCGGAUUGCAGUUUUUACAUUAACAGUGAAGAAGAAGAUGAUGAGGAGAAGGACAAGAAAAGCAUAGAAGAUGGGAAUGAUUCUGAUUCUUCGCGCCAUUUCACUGACUUUCUUUGGGCUCACAUCUACGAAAGAUUCUCAACAGAAAAGAGAAGAAGAAAUACCUGUGCUGUCUGUGCGGAGACAGUUAAAUGGGUCGCAUAUGGGCCCUGUGGCCAUCGAGAGGUCUGCUCUACCUGCAUUUUUCGCCUCUGUUUCAUCUAUGGAUCUGCCUGCGCAAUAGUGAAUCUAAGAUCAUCUUUGUCACCAAGGUUAGGCAUCAGUUGUAAUCUAAGGCUUGCCAUGCAACUCAAUUUGUGUCCAAGCAUGGAACUAUCUACUACAAGACAAGCAAUACAUUCAGGAGCCGGCAGCUGUGGAAAAAUGCAGCGAGGUGUCAAAGCAAUUAUAACAUUCUUUUUAUUGAAGUGCUUCAGGAGUGAGACUUGAAAUAAAACUUUGGCAUUGGUAUUCUUCUCACUCAAAAUUCAGUUAAAGUAUCUUUUGUUGUUGGGUAAUAUAAUGGCUUGGAUGCUCUUAGCAAUGGCCUUGUCUCAAUGAACCAACUGAAUUGUAGACCAACAGAUGCCGUCAGGAUUUCCGUUAGAUUGACCGCGUCAACUCACAUAGGACAGGGAAGAUGAAACUGUAAAGUAUGAAGUUACCACAGGGGCUUUUAGGGGAGAAGGAGAGAGGCAGCUGCAUGAAGGAGGUGAUAAAAGGUCCAGUUAGAAGAAACCAUCAACCUGCAAAUGUCUUCUCCCUCGUCAUCCCUCAUCCUGCAAAGCAGAAAAACAAGUGCUUCCUGAACCCUAAAAAUUCGAUCAAUUCAAUUCAAUGAUUAAAUGUCCUAUAAAUGAUUAUCGGUUGUGUUGAUUAUUUGGGAAGAUUACAAACCAGAAGAUGAGGAAGAUGAUGGUGAGAAAAGCUGGGUCUUAAGCUUCGGCUGCUGGGUUUUCAUGAUGGGAAUGGGAUCAGGUUCCACGUACCACCUCUUGUAAUUAAUUUAUUUUCUUUAUUGUUUUUGUAACCAUCACUUGAUCAAUAUUGAUGGUUAGCUCUUUGUUUUUGAUGGGUAGCAUAGUUUGCUUUUGAUUACAUGAGGGAGGCAUUUGUACAUUUUGAGUGAAUGAGUAUUGACCAAUAUGGGUUGUCAUUUUU